AUGCCUCCAAAAUAUGAACAACAUUAUCGAGAAGAGUGGGAGAAGAUGAGUGAGUUUAAACAAUGGCUUACACGAGCUAAAGAAGAUUCGACCAAAGCUUACUGCAAAUACUGUAAGUGCGACAUUAUAGCCAAAAUAUCCUGUCUAAAACAACACAUUGUUACAUCAAAACAUGCGAAACAUGUUGCGCCGAAAAAAAGUCAAAAAAAAAUUGAUUUUCCUAAGGUGCAUAUUCAACUAGUUACCCAAAAAGCAGAGUGUUCACUUGCAUUAUUUAUAAGUGAACAUGCAUCUACUCUAACAGUGGACCAUUUGUCCGAAAUGUGUAAAAAAACAUUUUCUGAUAGUCGAAGUGCCGAUAUUAAAUUACACCGAACGAAAUGUACCAACAUCAUUAAAUUUGCAUUGGCUCCACACUUUAUUUCACAAUUGGUUGCAGACAUAGGCCAUAAUAAGUUUAGUAUACUGGUUGACGAAUCCACAGACAUCUCAGUCACAAAAAUUCUCGGCACAUCAAUCCGAUAUUAUGACAGUUCACAUAAAAAUAUUAUCACGACAUUUUUAGGAUUGGUUGAGAUAGAAAACGGGACAGCUGAUGCUAUAGUAAACGGCCUCAAGACCCUUUUUGCAGAGCUUAAACUGAAUAUGAAAAACUUGAUAGGGAUAGGAACUGACAAUGCCAGUUCUAUGACUGGUGUCAACAACGGUGUUCACAGCUUAUUAAAAACUGAAACUGGCAAUGAAAAUCUGGUUUUGGUGCGGUGCCUUUGCCAUUCCCUGCAAUUAGCUAUCACUCAUGCGUCUGAGAAGUCACUUCCGAGAAAUAUUGAGUUUUUAAUCCGAGAAACAUAUAAUUGGUUUAGCCACUCCUCCAACCGACAGUUGUUUUACAAGGAGCUAUACAAGACCAUUAACUGUGGAAAAGAACCAUUGAAAAUAACUCAGGUAUGCAGUACGCGAUGGUUGUCUAUUGAGCCUGCUGUCCGCCGGGUUAUAGAUCAAUGGCUGGAACUAAAAUCGCAUUUCGAAAUUGUCAAACAAAAAGAAAAUUGCUAUAUGGCUGAAAUGCUUUAUUCUAUGUAUAACGAUCCUGUGAAUCAUCUGUAUCUGCUAUAUUUAUUGCCUAUUUUAGAUGAAGUGCAAAGGGUAAAUAAAAAUUUUGAAAGCAACGACCGAGACCCAACUAAACUGCUGAAUGAUUUGGUUGAACUGGUUGAAUCAGUCGCCAGAAGAAUCAUAUUGCCAACAGCGCAAAUUGAUGUGUUAACAGCUACAAAUCUUGAAAGCUAUCUAGACCCAUCUCCAUACAUGGGCUAUGGUUUCGAACUAAAGCUGACUGAAUAUGAACUUUUACCUGAAGCCGAACGUAAUCUGCGGCACCGCUGUAAGCAGUUUACACUUAAACUUAUACAAGAAAUGCGAUCAAGGUUGCCAACAAAUAUAACAAUACUACGAACAAUGAGUAUGCUUUCUGUACAAGAAACUUUAAAAGCUAUAAAACCACCGAUAAUAAAACUAGCACAAGAGUUCGGCUGCCAGGCCAAUGAAAUAGAACGUAUAGUUGUACAGUGGAUGAAUAUUCGACAUACCGACUGGGAAAAUAAGUGUUCAACUGUCGAAUUUUGGUCGGAGGUUUAUGGGUACAAAGACUCGGCGGAUAAUAAUCCAUUUUCGGAGUUAGCUUCUUUGGCCAUAUCUAUUCUUUCUUUGCCACACUCGAAUGCUGAGAUAGAACGAGUAUUCAGCCAAAUGAAUAUAGUAAAAACAAAGUUAAGAAAUCGUAUGUCACUACAUACACUGAACUCGAUCCUACACAUCAGAUAUGGCCUUAAAAGAUCAGGAAAAUGUUGUCAUUCCUAUAACGUUCCCGAAAAUGUUUUAAAACAGAUUAGAGGGAUUAAAGAGUCGCUUGUAAUGCCAAUGACUAUUGCUAUUGAAGAUGGCCCUUCAACAUCACAAGCACAAGCACACGACGAAGCUGAUUAUUUGAUUUAUAUUGAUGAUUAA